UCUCGAGGGAGCGCCUGACUGGCGGGCCCGGUGGGUGAGGCGCGGUGUGGGUAGUGUUCGCUGUUGGGCUCGGGUUCCUGGUUCCAGAGGCUGCGGAAGGCAGUGGGAGAGCUUCUGGAUCCCAGGGUGUGAGGUCGGAUUCGCUUUUAUCCGCUUUGUGAGGUGUUUUUCUGCUGAGGGGCCGGGGUGAGGAGACGAGUCUCGCGCCUGUUCGAGGUAGUCUCAUCUUUUCUGUGCAUUUCACCACCUGUAGUCUUUACCAGCCAGUAGUUUAAUCACUUAGUAAUAGAGAAGAAUCAUUAACCAGAAGAAAAUGUCAAAUCUAAAAAUGAAAGAGGCAGCCCUGAUCUAUCUUGACAGAAGUGGAGGCCUCCAAAAGUUUAUAGAUGAUUGCAAGUCCUACAAUGAUUCAAAACAAAGUUAUGCUGUGUAUCGAUUCAAUAUUUUAAUAAAUCCCUCUGAUAUUACUGAAUUGGAUGCUGAACUAGGAAAUCACAUUUUACACCAGCCUUUAAAAGCUGCUCAAGUUUUUCAAUCAGUCUGUUUUACUGCUGUUAAGACUCUCUCAUUAAUUGGACAAUUACAGACUGAAACUCAAAUUAAUAUAGUGCUGAAGUUAACACAUUUACCACAACUGCGAAGUUAUAGUCUUGAUCUUUGUGAGUUUCCACUUGAUUAUGCAUCUCAAAGAUUUUAUAUGAUGCAAGGAAUUGUAAUUUCAAUGACAACUGUAACCAAGUAUACACAAGGUGCAAGAUUUCUUUGUUCGGAUGAAGCAUGCCCUCUUUCAAAAGGAUUUCAAUAUAUAAGAGUGCAUGUGCCUGGUGCUACAGAAUCUGCAACAGUAAGAAAUGACUUUUUGUGCAAUCUAUGUUCAUCUUCGCUUCAAGAAGACAGAAAAUUUAGAGUACUUGGUGAUAAACAGAUAGUUGAAAUAAUCACAGCAAAGGCACUUCAGGCUUUUAAAGGAUAUUCUAACAACCAGCCAUUUAGGUUUCAAUCUCUUACAAUUUUUCUAAGAGAUGAAUCAGUGGGUAAAAUGAAUAUAGGAAGUGAGUAUAAAAUUAUUGGAAUUCCAACAUGUGUAAAAACUUCACAAACUGCUGUCUGUAUAGAGGCAAACAGUAUCAUUUUUUGCAAUCCAAAAGUUCCCUCAGGAAUUAGCAACAAUUUCAAGGAUCUUCUCUCUUUGACGUCCAACUCAUGCUGGAAAUUUACAGCAAUACUUGCCAAUAUCUUUGCAUCACAAAUUGUUCCUCCUGGGACUUAUAAUUUGCUCAAGCUCUGUUUACUGAUGAGUCUGGUACAAACAUGUGACCGUAACAAGGAACUGAAAGAUUGCCUGGAUAUUUUAAUUAUAACAAGUGAUACUCUACUUAUAGACAGGCUUUUGAAUUUUAGUAUAAACCUUGUGCCCCGUGGUAUACGUAAUCCAGUCUCUACUGAAAUUUUUCCUACUCUAACCAGGAAUAAAUAUGGAACUGGAGCAGUUAGCAUUCAAGCUGGCAGUGCUUUGCUAGCUAAAGGUGGUAUCUGCUUUAUAGGAGACUUGGCUUCACACAAAAAAGAUAAACUAGAACAGCUUCAAUCAGUUUUGGAAAGCAGAAGCAUCACAGUAUACAUCCCAGGAAAGAAGUUUGGGAAUGAUGUUAAUCAACACAUGACUUUUCCAGUUCAGUGCAGUUUUUGGUCUUUUGUUGAUAUGGAUUCAUCUUCAAGGAAAAAUAUGCAGAAAACCAACACUCUAAUUGGUCAGAUGGAUUGCAGUUUGAUUCCAGCUAAUCUCCUAGAGACAUUUGGAUUAUUGAUUAAUUGCAAUGAAUCAUCUUCUUUCUACCCACUUCUUUCUACUGUGCAACAUACUUUAAAGAAAGCCAUUGAUCCUGAAGGGCAGCUUUAUGUAGCUUCUAAGAACUUCACAACUGAAGAUUUUGAAAAGCUACUGGCUUUUGCAAAGAAUUUGAAUGUAGAAUUCAGUUUGGAGGCAGAAAGAAUGAUUCAUGGCUAUUAUCUAGCAAGUCGAAGAAUCAGAACAGAUUCUAUAAGUGGAUCAAAACUGUCAGCAUCUGCAUUAAAAUAUUUAGUUUCCCUAGCUGAAGCCCAUGCUCGACUGAGCUUAAGGAAUAAAGUGCUUAAAGAAGAUGCACUAAUUGCAGCCUUAUUAUUUGAAACAUCUCUCACACUGAAAUAUGGGGCCACUGUAUUUUGUGUUGCUCCAAGUGCAGUAUUUCCAUUUGAAUUGUAUAAUGAAGAGUAUUUAGAGCAGAGGGAUAUCUAUUUGACUCAAUGCCAACAGCAGCUCCAGCAGUUUAUUGCCACAUAUGGACCUGGGACAGCUAUUUUCACUAGUGAUGAAUAAGCAAUCGGAGGACAAUAUUUUCUUCAUAUUUAAGCAGUGAAAAGGGACUUUGAAGUAAUGCUUCAGGUACUACUAUGUACAGUAAUGCAUUAGAAUGCUAUCUUAAAUGUAUGAAAGAUAGUCUCAAUAUGAAUUUAGAAAUUAAGCAAUGUAAAAAAUGGGUCACUUUUAUGUAAUUCCCUCUAUUUGUCACAAGAUGGCAAUAAUACUUUAAAUGAGAAUAUUUACCUACAAAUAAGUUAUUUUUUUUUCAAAUUAAGUUAUUUUAAACCAUUUUUCUUGCACCUGAGAACCUGACAAAUGGAGUAAAUAACAGCAAUUUAUAUAAACAGAAGCCUCAAACUGAAGGAUGUUUCAUAUUUUAUUACAUAUCAUUACGUCUAUUAUAGUUUUGGAAGCCCUAAUUAUGAAGUCAGGGAAAGCUUGGUAUUUCCCAUAUUUUAUAAGCCAAGUUAAAUGAUAAUUUAAGUCAAAUCAAGGAGCAAGAAUUGGCUUUUUAAACCUAACUGGUUAUAAGAAAGUUACCAAAGGCAAAGAAACCAAUUUGCAAAUCCAGUCUGUUUUCGGAGGGAAGAGUUCUACUCUGAAUGGUGAGGAAAAUAUACUUAAGUUGUAAAAUCCACAAAUCCUUUUAAUUUUUCAAAGGCUUAAUAGAAAUUCUAAAAUAAAUAACCCUGAUUCUUUAGAAACUGUUAUCUCAGGGAACUUAACCAUACAGAUGGACAGGUCUCUCUACAGACCUUUGACAAGUCAUUCAGUAGUGAUUAUUCACUAGUCCCAGAAACCUAUAUUCCAUUUUAAGAAAGUAAAGCUAGUUUUUAAAAAACAAUUUAUAUAUUACAGUUCUGUAAUUCUAGUUAAAACCUUAUCUUGUGGCUUUUUGUUGCUAUACAGGUUUUGUACUGUUUGACUUGUAAUACUGAAAUUAUAACCUGGAUAAAAGCAAGUAAUUUUAUAUAUUGUGACUCAAUAGGGUUGAAAAGUAAGAUUUACCUAAGUCUUCAGUUAGGAAUUCAGUUUUAGAAUUAUUGUAAAUCCUCAAGUCCUGGACAGACUAGACUGUCCAGUCACUAUUUUCCUUAAUGUAACAUACUUGUACUGGCAUCAGGAUUAUUUUUUUCCAGAGCAAUUAAUGUUUUUAAUUUUUUUUCAUUAACAUUUAUUCAUGAGAGAGAGAACAAGGGAGGGGGGAGCAGAGAAACCUAAGUUGACUCCACACUCAGGGCAGAGCCUGACACGGGGCUUGAUCUCACAACCCAAGCAGAAACCAAGAGUUGGAUACCCAAUCAACCGUACCACCCAGGCACCUCAGGAUUACUUUUUUUAUUCAAAGGUAAAAACAAAGAAUAAAAUAAGAUUUAAUCUUAAACUCUGUAGGUCACAGGUAUAAUCUUUACUUGUAAGGGAUAAUUCAUUAAGGUGGUUAGGAGAUUCUAAAUACUCGUUUUUAGGUAUAGUAGCAGGUUCUUAAGGGGAGGUGUCCAUGGUUAUCUAGUUUGCUGAAAUCCCCUAAGGCAAGAAAAGGCAGGAGAAGUGGAGGUACUGGACUGUUUCCCCAGCUGACUGCCCCCUCAAAGGUUGUCAUUCCACAAAUGAGCUAGUUAUUGACAAGAACAUACUAUCCUUAAAGUAUGUUAAAAACAGUCUGACUAGUAAUUAUAAGAAUCGAACUGUUUAAACAUUUGAUAUAUUUUAAAGAUUAAUACUUUAUUGCCUAGCAAUUAUAAGUAUUCAAACAUGUAUUUUUCUAUAACUUAUUGUGAGGUGAUCAAUGUUAAAUAAAAUAUUAAUUUUCAA